CCAUUUCCACCACUAGAACCACUAGAAGCAGAACUACAACGACGAUUGCAUUACUAAUUGGAAAAAAGAAGGGCAGACUACAAAUAUGGCCAGCUGGUGUCCAAAUUGUCAUGAACUGCCACCGUUCUAUCCGCCCAUCUCACCCAAGGGAAUGUCGGGGUGUGAUCAAAGCACUGUCGAAUCAUUGGCCGAUGAUCCAACAGAUUCACCAUUCGAUGCCGAUGAUUGUCUCAAAGUUCGAAAAUAUUGGUGCUUUCUGUUAUCCAGCAUCUUUACAUUCCUUGCUGGCCUGCUUAUUGUGCUAUUAUGGCGUGCAUUUGCCUUCAUAUGUUGCCGCAAGGAGCCGGAUCUGGGACCCAACGAUCCCAAACAAAAGGAGCAGAAGGCGUCGCGCAACAAACAGGAGUUCGAGGGAACAUUUAUGACAGAAGCAAAAGACUGGGCUGGAGAACUUAUCUCGGGUCAAACAACAACUGGUCGAAUUUUGGUCGUACUCGUAUUUAUACUCAGCAUUGCAUCUCUCAUUAUAUACUUUGUUGAUGCAUCUAGCGAAGAAGUCGAAAGAUGCCAAAAAUGGAGUAAUAACAUUACUCAACAGAUCGAUCUCGCAUUCAAUAUAUUUUUUAUGGUUUACUUUUUUAUACGAUUCAUAGCGGCGUCCGAUAAGCUUUGGUUUAUGUUAGAAAUGUACAGUUUUGUAGAUUAUUUUACAAUACCCCCGUCCUUCGUAUCAAUAUAUUUAGAUCGAACAUGGAUCGGUCUUCGAUUUCUUCGAGCGCUACGUCUCAUGACUGUUCCAGAUAUUUUACAAUAUUUAAAUGUACUAAAAACAUCGAGCUCGAUACGCUUGGCUCAACUAGUAUCAAUUUUUAUAUCCGUGUGGUUAACAGCAGCGGGCAUUAUACAUCUGCUGGAGAACUCUGGCGAUCCGCUGGAUUUUAAUAAUGCUCAUCGUUUAUCCUAUUGGACCUGUGUCUAUUUCCUAAUUGUGACCAUGUCAACGGUAGGAUAUGGUGACGUUUACUGUGAGACUGUACUGGGAAGAACAUUUCUCGUGUUCUUUCUGCUUGUCGGCUUGGCCGUUUUCGCUAGUUGGAUACCAGAAAUCACUGAACUGGCUGCCCAAAGAAGCAAAUAUGGUGGAACAUAUAGCAAGGAUCCUAGAAAAAGACAUAUUGUCGUAUGCGGUCACAUAACAUACGAGUCCGUGUCACAUUUUCUCAAGGACUUUCUCCAUGAAGAUCGCGAAGAUGUCGAUGUCGAAGUUGUAUUUUUACAUCGCAAAGAGCCUGAUCUGGAGCUAGAAGGACUGCUGAAGCGUCACUAUACCACAGUGGCGUUUUUUCAGGGCACUAUGAUGAAUGCAGUCGAUCUGGAGCGAGUCAAGGUACACGAAGCCGAUGCCUGUCUGGUGCUAGCUAACAAAUAUUGCCAAGACCCCGACGCAGAAGAUGCUGCCAACAUAAUGAGAGUAAUCUCAAUUAAGAACUACAGCGAUGACAUUAGAGUCAUUAUACAGCUUAUGCAAUAUCACAAUAAGGCCUAUCUAUUGAAUAUUCCAUCGUGGGACUGGAAACAAGGUGACGAUGUCAUUUGUUUGGCCGAAUUAAAGUUGGGUUUUAUAGCCCAAAGUUGUUUGGCGCCCGGUUUCUCUACCAUGAUGGCCAAUCUAUUUGCCAUGCGUUCUUUUAAGACCUCACCAGACACACAGGCCUGGCAAAAUGAUUAUCUUCAAGGUACAGGGUGUGAGAUGUACACCGAAACCCUAUCACCUUCAUUUACCGGCAUGACAUUCCCACAAGCCAGCGAACUGUGUUUCUCCAAACUGAAACUCCUGCUGCUAGCCAUCGAAAUAAAAGGUGCAGAAGAGGGAGCUGAUAGCAAAAUUUCAAUUAAUCCGCGUGGUGCCAAAAUUCAGGCAAAUACGCAGGGUUUUUUUAUAGCACAAAGUGCUGAUGAAGUUAAGCGUGCCUGGUUCUAUUGCAAAGCCUGCCAUGAGGAUAUCAAGGAUGAGACACUCAUCAAAAAGUGCAAAUGCAAAAAUUAUGUGGGCAUGAUUAUGAUGCAGACGGGCAUGGUCAACCAAGGCAUCACAUCGGUGAUGAAUACAAUGGAGGAUGAACACCAUCCUGCACCCACAUUUACGCCACCAGAGCUACCCAAGCGGGUGCAUGUGCGUGGAUCUGUAACGGGUGAUAUCACACGUGACAGAGAAGAUACAAAUCUACUCAAUCGCAAUGUGCGCCGUCCGAAUGGCACUGGCAAUGGCACCGGAGCCAUGCAUCAUAUGAAUAAUACAGCUGCUGCCGCUGCGGCUGCAGCUGCUGCUGGCAAGCAGGUGAAUAAGGUGAAGCCAACAGUGAAUGUCAGUCGGCAAGUGGAGGGUCAAGUCAUAUCGCCAUCGCAGUACAAUCGGCCACCAGAGAAUGAUGCUAACCCUUAUGCGGGCUAUCAACUUGCUUACGAAGUUAAAAAGCUCAUGCCGACGAGUCGCAGUUCCGGCACGGGUACACAAAAUCAAAAUGGUGGGGUAUCAUUACCCGCCGGCAUUGCGGAUGAUCAGUCGAAAGACUUUGAUUUCGAGAAGACCGAAAUGAAAUACGAUUCGACGGGCAUGUUCCAUUGGAGUCCCGCGAAGAGUUUAGAAGACUGCAUAUUGGAUCGCAAUCAGGCGGCCAUGACAGUGCUAAAUGGCCAUGUGGUCGUUUGCCUAUUUGCUGAUCCAGAUUCACCUCUAAUUGGUUUACGUAAUCUUGUUAUGCCUUUGCGCGCCUCCAAUUUCCACUAUCACGAACUGAAGCAUGUGGUUAUUGUUGGCUCGGUGGACUAUAUAAGACGCGAAUGGAAAAUGUUACAAAAUCUACCAAAAAUAUCGGUGCUCAAUGGCUCGCCACUGAGUCGCGCAGAUCUGCGAGCGGUCAAUGUUAAUCUGUGUGAUAUGUGCUGCAUAUUGUCAGCCAAAGUUCCUAGCAACGAUGAUCCCACGCUUGCCGAUAAAGAGGCCAUUCUGGCCUCGCUCAAUAUCAAGGCGAUGACCUUUGAUGACACAAUUGGUGUGCUCAGUCAACGGGGUCCGGAAUUCGAUAAUCUAAGCGCAACUGCCGGCAGUCCGAUUGUUCUGCAGCGUCGCGGCUCAGUGUAUGGAGCCAAUGUGCCCAUGAUAACAGAACUGGUCAAUGAUAGUAACGUGCAGUUUCUCGAUCAAGACGACGAUGAUGAUCCAGAUACAGAACUCUAUCUGACGCAGCCGUUUGCCUGCGGCACUGCGUUCGCUGUGAGUGUAUUAGACUCACUUAUGUCCACGACAUAUUUCAAUCAAAACGCCUUAACUUUGAUACGCUCUCUGAUAACGGGCGGAGCAACACCCGAACUGGAGUUGAUAUUGGCCGAAGGAGCUGGUUUGCGAGGUGGUUACAGUACGGUAGAAAGUCUUAGCAAUCGCGAUAGGUGUCGCGUGGGGCAAAUAUCUUUAUAUGAUGGGCCACUGGCCCAGUUUGGAGAAUGCGGCAAAUAUGGUGAUCUAUUUGUUGCCGCUCUCAAAUCAUAUGGCAUGCUAUGCAUUGGCCUAUAUCGAUUCAGGGACACCAGCUCAAGUUGUGAUGCGAGCAGUAAACGUUAUGUAAUAACCAACCCACCCGAUGACUUCUCUCUACUGCCAACAGAUCAGGUAUUCGUUUUAAUGCAAUUCGAUCCGGGCCUAGAGUAUAAACCACCAGCGGUACGUGCUCCUGCUGGUGGUCGCGGCACCGGUACCCAAGGCUCUGGGGUCGGUGGUGGCGGAUCAAAUAAGGAUGAUAACUCUUGAUUGUUACUGUGUAGCGCCUUAACUGAUGGUCCUUAUUCGUACAUUUGAACGAUGGAGAAGUUAAUUGUGUGUGUGUAGAAACAAAAAAAGAAAAAACAAAAACAAAGCAAUCCCCAAAAUGGCACAAUAACAAUUACAUUAUACUAUAGAUUGGCAUAAGAAUAAAAAAGACACUACACAGACCUAUUUAAUAUACGUAAAAUGUACUAACCGAUUAUGAGUGUAUAUAUACACUUAGGGUGAAAUUCAAAAUCAAAAAUGAAAACAUAAUUUAUAUAAUAGUUUAACAAAUAUCGCUGCCAUAUUGCUUUGUUUUGUUACUUGUACUUUUAUAUUUGUCGAGACAACAAUUGAGCCGCAACAUAUAUUGUAUGUCCUAAUUAACAAUCAGAGGACAAUAAAUCACACAGGAGACGUCAAAUGUCAUCAUCAUCGGUUGUCUCCACAAAUAUAAAAGCAACAUAAUAUAACACACACAAGAAACUGAAACCCAAAAAUAAACAAUUUCAAUAACAUCGAAAAUUUAUAUAGAUAGAUAUAUUAAAUGAUAGUAACAAGAACAACUGCUUUGAUAUCUAUCCAUCGUUCAAAUGCCAACUGAUUGCUUCCCACAUCAUUCCGUAUGCCUUUUUAGAACCUUGAAAAAUUCAUAUUCUAUAUUCUCUUUAUACCUACUUUUUCAUUAUUUAUAAUUUCGCUUGUUUUA